AGAGUAUAAAUCUAACUUGUUGCAAUCUGACGACAUUAAACCUUAAUCAUUCUAUGCAGUUGGAACAAGGCAACCAUAAAUGUCUUCAAAUCAAAAUAGUAUUCCACUACAAUGUGCAGCGCAAAGCCUUGGGCCUGAAAACCAGUUAUUUAUAAACGUCAUCCAAGCUCUUCUCGUUGCACAGUGUUCCAUAUCACCACCUAAUUUUUGGCCGGAAGACUACGGAAUAACUGCUUUGAAACAAGGUUUGGAAGACGUCGUCGUGGACUUCAUUGUGGUUGGAUCUGGCUCAGCUGGGUCUGUCGUAGCCAGUCGAUUAAGUGAGAAUCCCAAUUGGAGAGUGUUACUACUGGAAGCGGGUGGUGAUCCGCCAAUAGAAUCGGAGAUACCUGGCUUACUUAACGAUCUAUACGGUUCAAAAGUAGACUGGAAUUUUUCUGUGGAUGCAAAACAAACGUGCAAAGCCCAAUUAGAUGAAAAAUGUAGCGGUAAACGGGGAAAAGUACUGGGCGGAUCUUCUUCCAUCAAUGGAAUGAUUUACGUGCGUGGAAACAGAUUGGACUACGAUCGGUGGUCUAAACUUGGAAAUGACGGUUGGGAUUAUGACAGUGUUCUGCCAUACUUCAGAAAGUCAGAAGGAAAUCAAUAUGCUAAGUUUGUAAAAUAUAAAAACGGUAGAUACCAUAAUGCGUCAGGCCCAAUGAAAAUUCAUUUCCUUGGCAAUGAUUAUGAUGGAGCGGGGUCGCUUCGACAAAUAUUUCUAAAUGCCGCCACACAGGCUGGUCAUCCAAUCAUAGAUGAUAUAAAUUCAGAUCACCCGUUGGGUUAUUUGAAUAUGCAAAGCACUUCCUUCAAAGGUAGCCGUCAAAGUACUUCAAAAGCAUUUCUGGUUGCUGCAAAGGAUCGGCCCAAUUUACACGUCAUCAAAAAUGCAUUUGUUGAAAAAAUCCUAAUCAACGAAAACAAUGAAGCUUACGGCGUUGAAUUUGUAUACAAUGAAACGCAUAGAUUACAGGCCAUAGCUCGAAAAGAGGUCAUAUUGUCAGCCGGUGUUUACAUGAGUCCUGUUUUAUUGAUGCUCUCCGGUAUUGGUCCGAAAAAGCAUUUGGAAAAAUUUAAAAUUCCAGUAAAGAGCGACCUACCAGUUGGUAGAAAUCUUAUAGAUCAUAUUGCAACAUAUAUAUGGUUUAAAUUCAAGCCAACAGAACAAUCACCAACUGAAAAGCUUGAUGGCAUAUACAAUCUGGCAAUUCAUAAUACUGGUCCAUUGGCAUCGAGAAGUGUAUCAACAGUGAAUGGAUUUGUGAAUACUUUGAAUGGCACACGUUUUCCAGAUUUUCAAAUAUUAAUAUUUUAUUACAAAAGAAAUACGUCCACUUUUGGCCAGUACAAGAGAAGCAUAAGUCAAGCGUUGAGGAAAGAAAAUAAAAAUCAUGACAUUGUUGCGAUUGUUGUCUCUGAGUUACACCCAAAAUCGAGAGGCUUUGUGAAAUUGGCGAGUGCUUCACCUCGAGAUGAGCCAAUCAUCAAUGGUAAUUACUUUAGUGAUGAAUACGAUUUCGAAUCGACUAUUCGAGCAAUAAAACAACAGGUUUCGUUCACUGAAACACCAUCCUAUCGAGACAACGGCGCUGAAUUCAUGCAUAUCCCAAUAGAAGAAUGUGAUCGUUUCGAAUUCCGAUCCGACAAUUACUUUCGAUGUUACAUUAAGUAUUUUGGAGGCGGUAACAAUCAUCCAACCGGAACAAGUCGAAUGGGGAAUUCCGAUUGUGAGGCAGUUGUGGAUUCACGCUUGAGAGUUAGGAAUAUAAAAAAAUUAAGGCAAAUCGAUGCUGGCGUAGCACCAAGCACUGUGUCGGGAAAUAUAAAUGCAAUGACAAUUAUGGUAGCAGAAAGAGGUUCAGAUUUCAUAAAAGAGGAUUAUUGACUAGAACUGUCCUAAAAAUUGGAUGUCCUUGGUAAACAAAAAAAGAGACAUUUUUGUAUUUAACUGUAUUAACUAUGUAUCGAUGUACAGUGUACACUGUACACCAAAAGAAUAAUUUUGUUGGAGCUUCGAAUCAGCCUUAUAUUAAAUAAUGUUCAGCCCAAAAUCUCAAAUUCUCCGAACAAAUAAUUUUGGGAGUAAUCAAGUCAUGCC